AUGCACCAGUUACGCGCACCGCUGGAGGCUUUGUUGAAGAAGAACGUUCCGUUCAAAUGGAAUGAAGAAUGCGAAGCAGCCUUCAAUCGCGCCAAGGAAGUGCUCGCUUCAGACCUGCUCGUGAUGCGAUUUGAUCCUAGUCUGGAUAUAAUUGUCGCAGCCGAUGCAUCAGACUAUGGAAUUGGAUCAGAGAUUUUGCACAGGAUGCCAGAUGGGACCGAGAAGGCAAUAUGUCACGCGAGCAAAGACAAUGUCAAAGAUCGACCACCAACCAUCGUGCCGCCGGCAACAACUCGACCAGUUCGACAACGCGGACCUCCCAGUCAUUUGCAAGCCGAUCCAAAAAUGAAGACGUACGUGAUGCAUCUUAAGAAGAAGGUGUUGGAGCCCUAG